GUGGUGAAUCCCCGAGGCCGAGGGGUGAGCGUGCGUGCCCGGGUGGAUCAAAGUUGUUGAGCUUUUUUACUGACCUCUUAAACCCCCAAACAAUUGUAUCUGCUCCAACAAAGUUUGUACCAGUUUGACACUCCGUCUUCUCCAAUAUAUUUUGAAAAUAGAAAAUACCCCUUCUUAGCUGAUGACAAACUUUUGCUGCUGGAAUGAAGCUCCCCAAUUUGUACAUCACAGAUAUUAAGCGAGCACGUGGACCGCGUGUAACGUCUCGAUCUCUGAAGCUGAUCUGACGACUGAGCUGAGAAGUUGGAAAGAUUGUUCUCACAGCUAGCUCACAAUAAAUUAGGCCACAACGUGCAGCAGCGGCCGGCUAGGUACGUCCGUAUCAUGCUGAAAAAUGAUACCACUCUUCUUUAAUGGAAAAUGGCAGCGCACAUGAUGAUGAACAAAAUUUCAAUUUUGAAAGCUUUGGUUCGUCAGCAGAAGCCAUUAGAUCAGUCAUGGUAUGCUAUACGAGGAGCACUGAUGUGUUCACAUGCCCAACCUGAAACAUUGCCUUCGGAGAACUCAUUGGAAGGAGAAUCAACAAGCAAAUGUGCCUUGGAGGAGUCCUUGAACCAUGAGGAUUUCUUUGAUGUCAGUAAACUCUUCACUAGAACAGAACUCUUUGAAUCGCGAGUUCAUCUGGGUCAUAAAGAGGGUCUCUUAGACCCACGGAUGAAGAAAUACUUGAUCGGAACACGACGUGAGCAAUGCAUUAUGGAUCUUGACCAGACAGUACCCUUGCUAAAGAGCGCCCUUAAUUUCACCGCGCACAUCGCCUAUCGCAACGGCAUCAUCCUGUUUGUGAACCGAGUGCCCCAGUUUGCUCAUGCAGUAGAGGAAAUGGCACGGGCUUGUGGUGAGUACGCCCACACUCGUCAUUGGCAGAAGGGUUGUUUCACCAAUGCUCAGAUUCAGAUGGGACCCGGUACUCGUCUCCCUGACCUCAUCAUCUUCCUCAACACACUUAACGAUGUCUUCAGUCAGCACCAAGCCGUCACCGACGCAGCUAAAAUGAACAUCCCAACCGUCGCGGUUGUGGACUCUAAUUGUAAUCCAAACCUCAUCACUUAUCCUGUCCCAGGAAACGAUGACACCCCUGUAGCGGUAGAACUCUACAUGAGAUUAUUCAAAGAAGCUGUAUUACUUGGCAAACAGAAGAGAAAAGAGCUUGAUGAAACUCCUGUAUGAGAUUUACAAAACUAUUGAAGGAAACAGAAUCAUAUUCCUGAAUUUGUACCUGGUUGAAUUACAUGUAUGAACAAUCCCAGCAGCGCUUACACUGAGAUCAAAUGAAUGAAAUACCAAUUUGUAAGUUUAGGGAUUUUAUUCACUGUUUAUGUGCUUAUAAUGAUUGUUUCAAAGACUGCACUCAGGAAAGUUGGAAAGGUCUGGUCCAAGAGGAUGUUGUUUGAUUUUGGGUCAGACUUAAAUAGGACACAACACAUUUCUAAAAAGCUCUCAAACAAUAUGAGCUACCAUGAUAACAAAUUUACGCUCUUUAUUUCUGAAAAUAUUUCCCUAGCUGAUGUCUAUUAACUUGUAUUGCUUGUUUCUCCCUUGGAUGAGCAAUGAAGGGAUCUUGUUUUGUUGUAUUAAUGUACACAAAACUCUAAUUGUAGGUACUCAUUUCAUUUUUUCUAAAUGGAGAAAAAAAAAAUUGGCACGAUUGGUCUAUUCUAUUGAGUAGGUUUUGGAUCAGCUUUCUGUGAUGCAUCAUUGCUCUGGUUGAGAGUGCAUUUUUCUCUACCCCUGCAUCAUGUAGCAAAGAUACAAAUGAUGUCAUGAAAAACACACUAAGCCAAUCAGACACUGGGGCCCGUAUUCUAAAGUCAGGUUUAACUUAGACCACGGUCUAACUCUGUGCUAAAGUUAUGCGGAGCCAAAAGUUCAAAAAUUCAGUUUAUAUUGUAUAUUUCUUAUGUUUACUAUUUUGUUUCCUUUUGCUUUCAUAAUGAAGAAAAAUACCGUACUUCAGUUAUCAUUCCCAGACAAUUAUGAACAAUUUGGGUGUCAUAUGAGUUAAUAAAUCGAAUGUGUACUGUAAGGGAUUUGUGCACCAAUUUGGCUCUCCUUAGUUAAACCACAACUUUAAACCAGAGAGAUCAGAAUAUAGGCCACUACACUGUAUGUCCAACUCCCUCAUUGUGACAUCACAAUUCAAGGUUCAAGAAGUUCCCGAUGUAAAAGUUGCCCAGAACUGUUGUGAAAGAGUGGAUGACUUUUAGUGACUUUGGGUCACAUAAGUUGAAUAUACACCCAAGUGAAGCAAUAUUUUUGAGCAGAUAAUGCAGAUCAUUUGUUAAAUACCUAUUCUAAGUUGAAUUUCUUUUAAGUCUAAUUUAUAUGGACCACAUAAAUCUGUCCGACUUAGGAGAAAGAGAUAUAUAACACAAGUUUUCCAUAAUGUGGUGUAAAACAUUGCUUUAAACGAGGUGAUUAUAGACUUUAUCAUGGAAGGUCGGCUUGUGAAAAGACAUUGUGUGCCAUUGUACUUUUUGAAAUGAAAUAUAAUAAAGUAA